AUGUCCGUUCAAAUUUUCGGCGAUCAAGUGGUUGAAGAAAGAGGUGAAAAUGCGCGUUUGUCUGCGUUUGUAGGAGCCAUUGCAGUUGGUGAUUUAGUCAAAUCAACCUUGGGUCCAAAGGGUAUGGAUAAACUUUUACAAAGUGCCAGCAACCAAGACCAAGCAUUGGUCACCAACGAUGGUGCCACCAUCUUGAAGUCGAUCCCAUUUGAUAACCCAGCUGCCAAAGUGUUGGUAAAUAUUGCCAAGGUGCAAGAUGAUGAAGUUGGUGAUGGUACCACUUCUGUGACUGUAUUCAGUGCCGAAUUAUUGAGAGAGGCGGAAAAAUUAAUCGAUAGUAAAAUUCAUCCACAAACAAUCAUUGAAGGGUAUAGACUCGCAUGCAGUACCGCCCUUGAUGCGUUACGUAAGGUUUCAGUAAAUAAUGGAGGAGACUCUGAGUUAUUCCGUCAAGACUUGUUAAAUAUCUCUAGAACUACCCUUUCCUCCAAGAUUUUGUCUCAAGAUAAGGAACAUUUCUCUAAAUUGGCUGUAGAUGCCAUUUUAAGAUUGAAGGGAUCAACUAAUUUAAGUCAUAUUCAAAUUAUUAAGAAGGUUGGAGGUAAAUUAUCUGACUCCUUUUUAGAUGAAGGGUUCAUUUUGGACAAGAAGUUUGGUAUUAACCAACCUAAAAAGAUUCAUAAUGCCAAGAUUUUGGUGGCAAACACAUCAAUGGAUACCGAUAAGGUUAAGAUUUUCGGAGCUAAGUUUAAAGUAGACUCCACUUCCAAAUUGGCUGAAUUAGAAAAGGCUGAAAAGACCAAGAUGAAGGAAAAAGUAGAGAAAAUUAAGAAAUACGGUAUUAAUUGUUUCAUAAACAGACAAUUGAUCUACGAUUACCCUGAACAAUUGUUCACCGAUGCCAAGAUAAAUUCCAUUGAACACGCUGAUUUCGACGGGAUUGACAGAUUGGCCUUGGUUACUGGUGGUGAAGUUGUAUCUACCUUUGAUAAUCCAGAAAAUGUGAAAUUGGGUUACUGUGACACCAUUGAAGAAGUGAUAAUUGGAGAAGAUGUCAUGACCAAGUUUUCCGGUGUAGCUGCUGGUGAAGCAUGUACUAUUGUGUUGAGAGGUGCCACUGAACAGGUUUUAGAUGAGGCCGAAAGAUCAUUACAUGAUGCCCUUUCUGUUUUAUCUCAAACCACUAGAGAAACCUCCACUGUCUUGGGAGGUGGAUCUUCUGAAAUGAUCAUGUCCAAGGCUGUUGACCAAAUUGCCGCCAACGAAACCGGUAAGAAGUCCCUUGCCAUUGAAUCCUUUGCCAAGGCUUUGAGACAAUUGCCAACUAUUUUGGCCGAUAACGCUGGGUUUGACUCUUCAGAACUUGUCUCCAAGUUAAGAUCUGCCAUCUACAACGGGAUGACCACCUCUGGUUUAGAUUUAAACAAUGGUACUAUUGCUGACAUGCGUGAAUUGGGGAUUGUUGAAUCUUACAAGUUGAAAAGAUCCGUGGUUGCAUCUGCUUCAGAAGCUGCUGAAGUUUUGUUGAGAGUUGACAAUAUCAUCCGUGCUAAGCCAAGAACUGCUGAUAGAAAUAUGGGACAUUAA